AAGCUGGUGCGUCUCUCCCUUUCUAGCCAAGAAGUCUCUUGAAGUGGAAGGGACACAUUCAGGAGUGGAAAAUCCAAAAGCCGGAGGAGAACACCAUCUCUGGAACCUAGAGAAAGCAGGACAGGAGACGUUGCCUGUUUCUUUCUGAGCUGAGAAGUCAAAGGUGACCGGGAUGGUUGGAUUGUCAGUCCUUGGAUUACUUUUUCUCUUGCAACUUUUGGCCUCCUCCUCAGCUCAGAGACCGGGGCCACGCGGCCCUCCCGGACCACGGGGACCCCCAGGAACGCCUGGCAAGGAUGGCAUUGAUGGGGAGCCUGGCCCACCUGGUUUACCUGGCCCAGCAGGCCCGAAAGGAGCACCAGGGAAGCGUGGGAAACCUGGAGAUCCAGGAUUACCUGGACUUCCAGGAGUGGAUGGCUUAACAGGAGCUGAUGGCCCGCCUGGGCCGAAUGGCCCCCGAGGAGACAGGGGUGCAAUAGGACCUCCUGGGCCAGUUGGACCAGCAGGCAAAGGACUUGCAGGACCACCAGGACCUCCAGGCCCCAGCGGGCUUCCCGGUGCAACAGGAUCGCAAGGGCCACCUGGACCAUCUGGACUUCCAGGUUUUCCGGGACCCCCAGGUCCUCCAGGACCACCAGGUAUUCCUGGAGUUCGCCCUGAUGGCAAUGGUGACCUUCAGUGCCCAUCUGUCUGUCCUCCCGGCCCACCAGGACCCCCAGGAAUCCCAGGAUUCAAGGGGCACACCGGACACAAAGGGGAGCCUGGAGAAGUGGGAAAAGAUGGAGAGAAGGGUUCACCAGGCCCUCCUGGUCCUGCAGGACCUCCCGGCCCUGUUGGCACACAGGGACCACGUGGAUUAAGGGGCCUCACUGGGCCAGUUGGACCUGUCGGAGAAAGGGGAUCAAUAGGGUUCCGAGGCCCUCCGGGAAUUCCAGGCCCUCCAGGAAAAGUGGGGCCCCGUGGAGACAGAGGGCCACAAGGUUUCCGAGGGCCGAAAGGCGACACAGGUAGGCCUGCACCAAAAGGAAUGCCUGGGAUUUCCGGACCCAUCGGAGAACCUGGCAUGCCUGGAAAAGAUGGGAGAGAUGGGACACAUGGACUCGAUGGUGAGAAGGGUGACGCUGCUCGCAUGGGUGUUCCCGGUGAAAAGGGGCCCAAUGGACUUCCUGGUCUACCUGGAACUCCAGGAACUAAAGGUGAAAAAGGUCAACCAGGUGAUUCUGGAGAAAUGGGAGAGUCUGGACCUUCAGGAGAGCCAGGUAUACCUGGUGAGCGCGGUAUCCCUGGGGAAAGAGGCAAUCCCGGUCCAAGAGGAUCUUCUGGAGCACUUGGUCUACAAGGCCCCAUGGGACCACCAGGCGUAAGAGGCUUUCAGGGUCGUAAAGGUGCAAGUGGAGAGCCUGGCCUUCCAGGGCCUACUGGAAUUCGAGGGGAGUAUGGUGAGAGGGGUCCUACCGGAGUUCCUGGAUCGAAAGGUAACCAGGGCAUUGCAGGAGCCGAUGGUCUACCAGGUGAUAAAGGAGAGCUGGGUCCUUUUGGCCCUCCAGGGCAAAAGGGGGAGUCAGGAGAAAGGGGAGAGCUGGGCCCCAAAGGAGUCCAAGGCCCUAACGGAACAGUUGGCGUGCCAGGAAUUCCAGGACACCCAGGGAAAAUGGGCUUGCAAGGAGAGCAAGGAGUCCCUGGAGUCACCGGGAAAACUGGUCCCCCGGGGAAGGAAGCCAGUGAGCAACACAUAAGAGAACUCUGUGGUGGAUUGAUCAGUGAACAUAUUGCACAGUUAGCUGCUAAUUUGAGAAAGCCCUUAGCUCCUGGAAUGACAGGACGGCCUGGGCCUCCUGGACCACCCGGCCCUCCUGGGACAACUGGCAGGAUUGGGCAUCCUGGUGCUCGCGGCCCACCUGGAUACAGAGGGCCAACGGGUUACUUGGGAGACCCUGGUCCUAGAGGUGAUCAAGGUGAGAGAGGAGACAAAGGUGCCAUUGGCAAAGGUGUUGAUGGACCUGAUGGGGAUCAAGGACCUCAAGGCCCACCAGGUGUUCCCGGAAUUAGCAAAGAUGGUCGGCCUGGUGCUGCUGGCGAACCUGGAUUGCCAGGAGAUCCCGGAAGACCAGGUGCCACUGGGGUUCAAGGAACACCAGGAAUCUGUGAUACCUCGGCCUGCAUGGGAGCCGUUGCAGGAGGAAUAUCCAAGAAGUCCUAAAACUGCAUUUAAAGAAGAUGAUUAAAGCAACUGAAUAUUUAAGUGAAUGGUUUAUACAUAAGAGAGAAAUAUCCUCCCAUUU